AUGGUUGUGGUAAGAAAAAUUCUCAACUGCGAAGUACCAUAUCAGAAAAAAACGGGUCUCACUUAUGAAGAUGGAAUUUGGAAAGGAGAGUGUGUAGAACAUCCCGAAGGCCACUGGAGAUAUGGGGAAAAAAUUUUGAGAUGCCUGAGAGACUAUCCCGACCGAAUUGGCCAGGUGGAUGCCAAAACUGGUGAAGAAGACACCUUAAGAAAUAUAGAGGAUAGAAGUGUCAAAUGCGCUCUGUGGAUGAAGAAACAAGGUGUUAAGCCUGGUGACAUAAUUGCCCUUUGUACCCACAACCAAUUGAACAGCGCAAUUCCAUUACUGGCUUCCCUAUUCCUGGGUGCUGUGUGCAAUCCUUGGUGGGAAACUUACUUGGAAGAAGAUCUUAUAAUCUACUUUCUCAACCACACGGAGCCCAAAGUGAUAUUUACGAACGAAGAAUCAGGCCCUUUUAUCCAGAAUAUUGUCAAGAAAGUUCAGUCACCUGCUAAAGUAAUUGUCCUUGGCAAAGUGCCUAGUAUGCAAUCACUACAAGAAAUUCUAGACCAACAAAACAACGAGCAAGUUCAAAGUUUCGAGUGCGAGAGGAUUGAAACUGCUGACCAACCGGCGAUGUUAAUUUAUACCUCAGGAAGUACGGGAAGGCCAAAGAGCGUUCUUCUGAGUUACGGGUCGUUAACAGCUGGUGUGGGUAACACCGAGGUUGACGGAGCCACCGGCGCCAGAGGCUUUUGGGGUUCCAGCUUCUGCUGGAUUUCCGCUGUCAUAGGAAUGAUGAUCUGUUUCGUCAAAGGUGCGACAGCUGUUGUUUACCCCGCCCCAUCAGAGGCAGAUAUUUGUAGAUUGAUUGAGAAAUACAAGAUAAACUGGAUAAUUUUGGGUACUGGCUCCAUAAAUCGAUUAUGCAAUACCGAAGAGGCUUCUACCUGUGACAUGUCUUCAGUAGAUCUGUUAUUCUUCAGCGGUGCUAUCGUCAAACACGACAUUGAAAAGUUCCUUCUAAAGACUUUCCCAAAUGCAAGCAUCCAUCAAGUUUAUGGUGCUACUGAAUUUGGUGGAGCCGUUACAAUUUCAAAAAUAACUGACGAUUCAAAACCUGGCACGUGUGGAAAGAUAACGAACAAUGUUGAAAUUAAAGUCAUUGAUAGAUCAACUGGAAAGAUCCUUGGCCCCAAUGAAGAGGGUGAAAUAUGUGUAAAAAGCCCAUUUAUGAUGCAAGAAUAUUUUAAAAAUCCUGAAGCGACAGCUUUUGUGCUCGAUUCUGAAGGAUGGUAUCACUCUGAUGAUCUUGGCUAUUAUGACGAAGACGGCAGCUUCUACAUAAUUGACAGACUAAAAGAACUAAUCAAGUGUAAACUAUUCGACAUAGCUCCAGGACCAAUCGAGCAGUGUAUCGGCGAACAUCCUUGUGUUGCAGAAGUGGCUGUCAUCGCAAAACCAUACACCCUAGAUAGAGAACAGCCAAUGGCUUUUGUGACAAAACUCCCCGGUAAAGAGGUCAGUGAGAAAGAUAUCAUCGAACUAGUGGAAUCCAAAUUAUCCGAUCGGAUGAGAUUAUCCGGUGGCGUCAAAUUCCUCGAUCAAAUGCCUUACACAGCAUCGGGAAAAAUCGCCAAGAAAAAACUCAGAGACUUGGCCAGACUCAUCGCGCAAGAAUAA